UGUUGAAAAGUUGAAACAAUGGAAAGAAGCCAGAAACUUUGGAAAACCCUUACAAGGCCCUGACAUCACUGAAAAGCAGUUGCGUUGGAUUUAUGAUAGUUUGUCAUAUUCAAACGUUUCUUCAGCUGGUGACUUGGCUGGAAUGAACACGAAACAGCCUUGGUUGUGGAACCGAGUAGCAGAACUGUGGAAACUCCGUCUCCGAGAAGCUUGCUUCCUCACUCCAGCAAUAGAAUGGCUCAACGAAACUGGUUCUUUGUCUAGUUUUCCUGGGGAGACAAGAAUGGCUCGAUUUCUACUCGUAGAACCUUUAUAUAAAUCUGAUUCUUCUUUAGUCAUUCAUCUUGCUGCUACAGGUGACCACGGUUAUAACCGACGACUAUUUUGCUUUGCUUUACCUUUGGCAAACCAUGGUAUUUCCUCCGUGAUAUUAGAGAAUCCCUAUUAUGGAAGCAGAAAACCUGUUCACCAAGUUGGCUCUAAAUUGGCUUAUGUACAAGAUUUGUUACUUCUUGGGUUUGCAACGAUUUUGGAGUGCAUGUCUAUAGCUAAGUAUUUCUCGGAGGAUGUUGAAUAUAGAAGUAUGUGUUUCACAGGACUCUCACAAGGUGGCCUACAUGCUGCUAUGGCUGCCUCUUUAUAUCCUUUUUCAGUUGCGACAGUGGCAGCUUUUUCACCUCAUUCUGCAGUUCCAGUAUUUACGGAUGGUGUGUUGAGACAAUCGUGUUCAUGGAAUCAGCUAGCUGCAACUAUGAAUGAAGCAGUUCAAAGCUCAUGUACUAUCCAACAUCCAGAAGAUAGCCAUGAAAGAACAGAAUAUGAUCACCUAGCUUCUUCACCACAAGUGAGUCGAUAUAUUGAUAGAAAGGAGCAAACCGUUCGAUCUCAGUUAAGGAUUGCCCUUGAGAUGAGUGACAUUCGUCAUUUUCCACAACCUGCAAACCCCAAUGCUGCAAUACUUUUGGCUGGAGAGAAUGACAAAUAUAUUCCAAGAGAAUGCGUUGAAAUGUUUUCCAAGGCUUGGCCUCAUAUGGAGAUACGUUGGAUCCCAAGUGGUCAUGUAACAGGUUUUCUUUUCUAUCGCCAACAUAUAUUCCAAGCAAUAUUAGAUAGUUUGGCUCGAGUUUAGUGAUUUUCUAUUUAUAAAAUGAACAGUAACAGA